AGUAUCACCUGGAAGAGGAAUGGAAUCCAAAUCAUCAAUGGAGUUAGCAGUUUGGGGAGACGUCUUGUUAUCGCAAACCCAACUUCAACUGACGUUGGAAUGUAUGUCUGUGAGACACAACUGAAAAACAGCCCCAUCAAGCCUGAAAGAGCUAAAGCCUUUCUAUCUAUCCUGGAGCCCCCGUAUUUUACUGCCGAACUAGAAAACCGGAUUUUGGUAGAGGUAGAGAAGACGGUGCACAUCUCAUGUCAAGCAAUGGGCAUCCCAGGGCCUAUUCUAGCUUGGUAUAAGGAUGCUGUCCCCAUCAGCCAACUAGUUAGUCCUCGUUAUACGAUCCUCCUCAAUGGGACUCUUCAGAUCUGGAGAGCGCAGCCAGAGGAUUCUGGAAUCUUUCAAUGUUUUGCAAGGAAUGAGGUUGGCGAGAUAGAGAGCCAUACCUACCUUGAAGUCACCAAUGUUGCGCCCAUAUUCUCCUGGCCCCCAGCAGAUGCUACUGUUACCGAAGGGAUGAGUGCCAUCUUAAGAUGCGACGUUUCUGGAGCACCAAAGCCUGCCAUAGCAUGGAAAAGGGGGAAUCAGAUUUUGGCCAGUGGCUCCGUUCAGCUCCCCAGGUUCCGUCUCCUUGAGUCUGGAGGGCUCCAGAUAACCCCCGUCUUUCUCCAAGAUGCUGGUGUCUACACUUGCUGUGCGGCCAACUCAGAAGGAGCCCUGAAUGCGUCUGCUGCUCUCACCGUAUGGAAUCGCACUUUUAUUGUUCGCCCUCCAGAGGAUAGCACCGUUAUUAAGGGAACCACAGCGAUGCUUCAGUGUGAAGCUGCUCAUGAUCCAAGAAUUUCAAUCAGGUAUAUUUGGAAGAAGGACUCCGUUGUCAUCAAUCCAUCUAGCAGCUCCCGAAUUACUAUCGAGAAAGAUGGCAGUCUCGUUAUUGGCCAAACGUGGUCUGGCGACAUUGGAGACUACACCUGUGAAGUCAGUUCCUUUGGAGGAAAUGAUUCAAGGGUGGCUCGAAUGGAAGUGAUAGAGCUGCCUCAUCCACCGCAGAACCUUCUCGCCACUUUGAACUCUUCCUUCAGCCGCAGUGUCAUCCUCUCCUGGGUGCGUCCUUUUGACGGAAACAGUCCGGUCCUGUAUUACAUUGUCGAAGUGUCUGAGAACAAUUCUCCCUGGAAAGUUCAUCUCUCCAAUAUCGAUCCAAAGCUGACCAGCAUCACUGUGAGCGGGUUAACACCAGCCCGUACCUACCAGUUUAGAGUGUGUGCUGUUAACCAAGUGGGCAAAGGCCAGUACAGCCUAGAAACCAGCAGGUUAAUGUUACCAGAAGAACCUCCAAGCGCUGCACCAAAAAACAUUGUGGCUAGUGGGCGGACUAAUCAGUCUAUUAUGGUCCAGUGGCAACCUCCUCCCGAAAGUGAACAUAAUGGUGUUCUCCAUGGUUAUAUCAUAAGAUAUCGCUUAGCAGGCCUUCCUGGGGAGUAUCAAUUCAAGAACAUAACCAGCGCAGAGAUAAACUACUGCUUGAUCAAAGACCUGAUCAUCUGGACUCAGUAUGAAAUCCAGGUGGCAUCUUAUAAUGGAGCCGGUCUGGGGGCCUUUAGCAGAGCAGUCACUGAAUACACAUUGCAAGGAGUGCCCACUGCACCACCUCAGAACGUCCAGGCAGAAGCAGUGAACUCAACCACCAUCCAGUUCUUCUGGAACCCUCCUCCACAACAAUUCAUCAACGGGAUCAACCAGGGAUACAAGCUCUUGGCGUGGCCAGUUGAUGUGCCAGAUGCUAAGACCACAGUCACCAUUCCUCCAGAUUUUCAUGGCGUCCACAGUGGAUACAUAACCAACCUGAAGAAAUUUACUGCUUACUACACAUCGAUCCUUUGCUUCACCACCCCAGGGGAUGGGCCGCGGAGUCCACCACAGCUACUGAAGACUCAUGAAGACAAACCAGGAACGGUGGGACAUCUGAGCUUCACGGAGAUUCUGGACACUUCACUCAAGGUCAGCUGGCAAGAACCUGUUGAGAAAAACGGCAUCAUUAUGGGCUACCAAAUCUCCUGGGAGGUCUACAGCAGGAAUGAAUCUCGUCUUGCUCGCACUCUUGCUAACACAACCCUUGAGUACAAAAUUACAGGCUUGUCAUCUCUUACCACCUACACAAUUGAAGUAGCAGCAAUGACAGCAAAGGGAACCGGCUCGGUCACUUCAUCUACCAUCUCAUCAGGAGUUCCCCCAGAGCUUCCUGGUGCACCUUCCAAUUUGGUCAUCUCAAACAUCAGCCCUCGGUCUGCAACCCUUCAGUUCCGGCCUGGAUAUGAUGGAAAAACCUCUGUCUCUAAAUGGAUAGUGGAGGGCCAGGUUGGGGUAAUAGGAGAGGAAGAAGAAUGGAUAACUUUGUGCGAAGUGGAGAAAGAGUCGAAUGCUCAAUUGUUGGAGAUCCCAAACCUCACACCUUACACUCAUUACAGGUUCAGGAUGAAACAGAUGAACAUUGUUGGGCAAAGCCCAUUGAGCCAACCCUCACGUGUCAUUCAGACCCUCCAGGCACCACCAGAUGUGGCACCAGGGAGUGUGACAGUGCGUACUGCCAGUGAGACGAGCUUGUGGGUUCGCUGGGUGCCUCUGCCUGAUGCCCAAUACAAUGGGAACCCCGAGUCAGUCGGUUACCGGAUCAAGUACUGGUGUGCGGACAUGCAGUGUCCUGCCCUGACAAAGGUCAUCAGUGACCGACUGGAGAUGGAACUCACCGUCGAGGACCUGCAGGAGUGGACGGAGUACGAACUGCAGAUCCAGGCCUUCAAUGCCAUUGGAUCAGGACCCUGGAGCGAGGUGGUGCGAGGCCGUACGCGGGAGUCAGUUCCUUCGGCUUCUCCAGUGAAUGUCUCCGCUGAAGCCGUGAGCUCCACGCAGAUCCUUCUGAACUGGGCAGCUGUGCCUGAACCCGAGCAAAACGGGCUCAUCCUUGGCUACAAGAUUUUGUAUAAGGCCAGAGAUGGGGAAAGCCAGCAAAGCAGUCAGGUGGUCAGGGGGAACCACACCCUUUCUGUCCUGCUAACUGGCCUGCAGAAGUAUGUGGUGUAUGAGAUUCAGGUGCUGGCAUUCACACGCAUUGGAGACGGGGUUCCCAGCACUCCACCAAUCACUGAGCAAACUAAGGAUGAUGUCCCAGGCCCCCCAGUGCGGUUGGUAUUUCCUGAAGUGAGGCUGACGUCAGUGCAAAUUAUGUGGCAGCCACCUGAAGAACCAAAUGGAAUUAUUCUUGGAUACCAGAUUGCUUACCGUCUGGCAACCAGCAGCCCCAACAGGUUCACCACGGUGGAAGUUGGCUCAACAGUUCAACAGUUUGUGGCUACAGAUCUCUCCCCUGAAUCAGCAUACAUUUUCCGAGCCUCCGCCAAGACCCGUCAGGGCUGGGGUGAGCCCUUGGAAGCAACUGUGAUCACUACAGAAAAGAGGGAACGGCCAGCCCCUCCCAGGGAACUAAAAGUCCCUCAGUCUGAAGUGACAUCCCGGAGUUUACAGCUACAUUGGGUUCCUGGAAGCGACGGCUCUUCUCCAAUACGUUACUUUACCAUUCAAAUGAAAGAGCUACCGGAUAGCGAUUGGAAAACAUAUUCUUCCUCUGUCAGCCACAAAGCUACCUCCUGUUUGAUUGACAGGUUGAACCCCUUUACCUCUUACAAGUUCCGCCUGAAAGCUACUAACGAUGUUGGAGACAGCGACUUUGGCGCUGAGACGGAGGCGGUCACUACGUUGCAGGAUGUUCCAGGUGAACCACCAAAUUCUGUGUCUGUGACCCCAUACACGACAUCCUCGGUUCUGGUGCAGUGGCAGCCUCCAAAGGUAGAAAGUCUGAAUGGUCUCCUUUUGGGAUAUCGUAUUUAUUACCGGGAGCUGGAACCUGAAAGCACUGGAUCAGGAGCAGAGUCCAAAGUCCUUAAAAACCCAUCAGCUUUACGAGCAGAAAUUACACCCCAAAGCAUCUUCAAGGCAGUGAACAGCAGCUCUGUCUUAACAACCUACGAAUUAACAAAAUUGAAAAAGUACAAGAGGUAUGAAGUGGUCAUGACCGCAUAUAACAUCAUUGGGGAAAGCCCUGCCAGCGCCCCUGUGGAAGUCUACGUUGGCGAAGCGGCUCCAGCAAUGCCUCCCCAGAAUAUCCAUAUCAGUGCCAUGUCUGCAAGUCAGCUGGAGAUCACCUGGGAUCCACCUCCCGUGGACAGCCAGAAUGGAAACAUACAAGGCUACAAGGUUUAUUAUUGGGAGGAAGACAGUCAGAAUGACACUGAAAAAGUGAAGGUCCUUUUCCUCCCAGAUACAAGCAUCCGGCUCAAAAACCUGACCAGUUACUCCAAGUACCUGGUCUCUAUUUCCGCUUUUAAUGCAGCAGGGGAUGGACCCAAGACAAGCCCCGGGGAAGGCAGGACUCUCCAGGCAGCGCCAAGUGCCCCCAGUUUCUUGAUUUUCUCUGAAAUCACAUGCUCUACACUUAAUGUGUCUUGGGGAGAACCAGCAGCAGCGAAUGGGAUCUUGCAGGGUUAUCGAGUAAUCUAUGAACCUUUGGCUCCAGUUCAAGGGGUGAGCAAAGUGGUGACCGUGGACAUCAAGGGCAAUUGGCAGCGUUGGCUAAAAGUCAGAGAUCUCACCAAAGGAAUGACCUACUUGUUUCGGGUGCAAGCCAAGACCAUUAUCUAUGGACCUGAGCUGCAAGCCAACAUCACAGCUGGGCCAACAGAGGGAUCUCCUGGUCCUCCGCAGCACUUGCUGGUCUCAAAAACCGCCUCUGGAAUCACUUUAUACUGGACAGAGGGAGUUUCAGGAGUUAAGCCUAUCACUGGCUAUGUCAUAGAAAGUAGGCCUUCAGGCUUUGAUGCCAUUGGCGUGAUGAAGCAGCUCCUUUUCUGGAUUCCUGCUGCCUGAGACAGAAUCUCUACAUGUACAGGAUGGAUCCACAGAGCAAAGCCCAGACGUGGAUUCUCAGGGUGCUGGAACAGGGGAAAAUGCACCCUAUUCUCUCUUUCAUGAUAGUUAUCUCUCAGUCUGGCUGUCUCACGAGAUUUGAAAUAGAAACAGAGUGAGGGUCUGAUACUCCUGAGAGAAGCACUUCUCUUCCCCAAGGACAACCAUGAAAUUAGAUUUCAUUCAGCCCCAACCUGGUUUAUGAGAAGCUGAAGGAGAGAGGCACAACUAGCUGUAGAACUCCCAUCCAUAACUCUUGACUUGCUUGUUCAGAGCAGAGUCCAAGCCCACGAAGGAAGGACGCUUCCUGUUAAGGUUGACACAGGGUAGUAUUCUCUACUUACGUUUCUGGGCUCACACCGCUGUUACUGUACAGUGGGUUCUCUUCUGGAUCUACUCCAUUUCCACUGUGGAGGAUCCCAUUACCUUGAGUAGUCCCUCGGUUGGGGUGCCACCAGCCAAAGGUUGAUCUCCAUGAAUCCUCUAGAUUCCGAGAAGUGUUUUCUCCUCUGCUGUCCUUGGAACUCUGCACAAUUAUUCGAAGCAUUAUUUCCUAGAAGGCCUUGCUAAGCAUUAGGUCUACCUUGUUUCUCUGAAACCCAGUCACAUCAUGCUCCCGCCACCAUUAAAACUUCCCCUU